AUGAAAAGAAUAGUUCCUGAUCGGAAACGAAAAUCACGAGAAUGUAAAAAUAGAAUUGUACAUGAGCUAGAAUGUUCUAUAGAUAACACGAUUAAUAAGAAGAAUAAAAUAGAACAUGUUAUUCAAAUAGGAAGUAUCGAUAAAAAUGAUAUCACAAAUGGCUAUGAGCUUAACAGUAAUCAAUCGAAUCAUUUAGAGAAAAAUUUGCUACAAUUUAACGAGCAUAAUUAUUGCAAUAAUAUUGAAUUAAUUUCGGUAAAUGAUGAUGAAUCAAACCCUAAUCAGGCAAUUCACUUGCAAAAAAGUUCACUGCUUUUAAAUGAGCAUAAUUAUUGUAAUAAUGUAGAAUUAUUUUCUUCAACUGGACAAUUAAACGUUAGUCAAUCUACUCAGGUUCAAAAUUUACUACACUUUAAUGAGCAUAAUUAUUGUAAUAAUGCAAGCUUACUUCCUUCCACAAGCACUACAACCACUGUGCAUUCUGAGUCUAAUAGAGAUAAUAAUUUUUUAAACAAUAUUUCCGAACAUUAUCUUGGUGCUAUGAAUGUUUUAUGCAUUCAUUGCAGUGCAAAGCAUUUUAAAGCAGAAAAAGUAUCUAACAAAGGAAAUUCUUUUAAUAAUUGCUGUAGUCAUGGAAAAGUAGUAUUAGAUUGUUUGCCAGAACCACCAUCAAUUUUAAAACAACUGUUUGAUGGUAAACAUUCUUUGUCAAAACACUUUUAUGAUCAUAUACGUUAUUAUAAUAAUGUAUUCUCAUUUGCAUCUUUUAAUGCUAACUUAGUACAGUUUAAUAAUAGAAGACCGGGACCAUACUGUUUUAAAAUUCAAGGUCAAAUUUAUUACCAAAUCAAUACAUCGUUAUAUCCAGCUAAUGAUGAAUUACCAAGAUAUGGCCAACUAUUUAUAGUUGAUGCUAAUGAGGCUACAAACUAUCGUCUAAAUAUGAAUUCAAAUUUAAAUGCAGAAAUUCUUAAUGCUCUUCAUAAUGUCAUGGUACAAAAUAACGUAUUUGCACAUUCUUAUCAAAUGAUGAAAGAUGAAUUGGAAUCAAUGGUGUCAGAAAAUGAUGGCCAGGAACCUGAACUACAAUUGCUAUUUACACUAAAGAAAGGACAAGAUAAAAGACGCUUUAAUUUUCAAAAGGUUAAUGAAGUUGCAGCAAUUUUUUCAACCACAGCAGAAGGUGAAAUACCAGAGUCUUAUGUUACAAUACGUAAUAAAAAUACAAAAAGCUUACAGUAUGUGAGUUCUAUGGAUGCAAAUGUAGAACCUUGGACUUAUCCAUUAUUUUAUCCCUAUGGAAAUAGAGGCUGGCAUGAUAGUAUUGAAAUGGUUGGAAAUAAACGAAGAGUUACUAGAAAUGCUUAUAUAAAGUACCGAAUGGCUAUUCGAAAUAAUACAAAUUAUAUUUUGAUGGGUCGGCGAUUAUUUCAGCAAUGGACAGUAGAUAAUUAUGUAAAAAUUGAAAAGGAUAGAAUGACCUUUUUGCGAAAUAAUCAAAAACAAUUGAGAGCUGACACAUAUGAAGGUCUCUUAAAUCAUUUAGAGCAAAGAGCAACAGAUGCAAAUUGCCGCGUAGGAAAAGUAGUUAUUUUACCGUCUUCAUAUAUUGGGUCACCACGUAACAUGUUACAAUCGUAUCAAGAUGCAAUGACUAUAGUGCGAUCAUUUGGAACUCCUGAUUUAUUCAUCACAAUGACAUGCAAUCCAAAAUGGAGAGAAAUAACUGAAAAUUUGUUAGAUGGACAAACUGCUUCAGAUAGACCAGAUUUAGUUGCUCGCGUUUUUGAACUAAAGAAAGAAGAAUUAAUAUUCACUAUUGUAAAAAAGAAGCUAUUUGGAGAAGUGAAAGCUUAUGUUUACGUAGUUGAAUAUCAAAAGCGUGGAUUGCCUCAUAUACACUUACUCGUGACAUUGAAAUCAAAUUACAAGAUUUCAACACCUGAAAUUGUUGAUAAAUAUAUAAGUGCUGAAAUUCCUAACCCUAACGAAAAUUUAGAAUUACAUGAAAUUGUAAAAGCUAAUAUGAUACAUGGUCCUUGUGGAGAUUGGUGUUUCGAUAAAGAUGGAAAAUGUUCAAAGCAUUUUCCUAAAUCAUUUACUGACCAUACUACUAUGGAUGAAGAUGGAUAUCCAAAAUAUAAGCGCAAAAAUACUGGAACCUACGUCCGUCGAGAUAAUUCAGAAUUCGACAGUCGGUAUGUUGUACCUUACAAUAAAGAGCUACUAUUACUUUUUCGUAGUCAUAUUAAUGUUGAAUGCGUAAAGGGCGUUAAGUCUGUAAAAUAUCUUUUUAAAUAUAUUUACAAAGGUCAUGAUGCUGCAUCUGUAAUAAUUGGAGAUUCAAAUAAUACUGAAAAUGAAGAAUCUUAUAUUUUGAACCAUGAUGAAAUUAAGAAUUACAUUGAAACUCGUUAUGUGAGUCCUCCAGAAGCAUGUGGACGUAUUCUUAGUAAUGAUUUACAAGGUAGAAGUCAUUCAGUUUAUCGAUUACCUAUACAUUUACAGAAUCAACAAUCAGUUGUGAUAGAUAAUAUUGAUGAUCCAGAGGCUAUUAGAAGCGCGCUAAGUCGUUCAACUGAACUAAGUGCUUAUUUUACAUUAAAUCAAAAUGACCCUUUGGCUAAAAAUUUUUCAUAUUCUGAAAUACCAUCUCAUUAUGUAUUCAAAAAAAAAAGAGGUACAUCUACGUUCGUAUGGGAAAAACGAAAGUCUCAGUUUAAUGUAUUAGGACGUAUGUAUUCCAUUAGUCCAACACAAGUUGAACUAUUUCACCUAAGGUUGUUAUUGUUAUCUGUAAAAGGAGCUACAAGUUUUGAAAAUUUAAGAACAGUGAAUGGAACUCUUCAUGACAGUUUUGUUUCUACAUGUUUAUCAUUAGGAUUAAUUGAAGAUGACAGUGAAUGGGAGAAUGCUAUGACUGAAGCUAAAUUAUGGAUGAUGCCCCAACAAUUAAGACGGUUGUUCGUGAGACUUUUAAUUCAUUGUCAUCCCAUUUCACCAGAGAAAUUAUGGGAAAAAUUUAAAGAUGAUUUAUCUCAAGAUUACAGUAGAUCAAUGCCGGAGAAUAUUGCACAUAGAAAAGCAUACAUUCAGAUAAAUACUUUGCUUAAUGAAGAAAAUUAUAGCUUAGCCUCUUUUCCAUCAAUGCCGCAAAUUACAGAAACUGAUGACAACAUCGACAGUGAAUGGGAGUCUGAACAACAUCGAAAUAUUGGUACACAACAGUAUCUAAAACUUAAUGAAAAGCAAAAAGAAGUUGUUGAUAGAAUUUUAAAUACAGUUGACGAUCAAGAUAGUAACAAUGAUCGAUGUUUCUUUAUCCACGGACCUGGUGGAUCAGGGAAAACAUUUAUUUAUACAACCUUAUAUCAUAUUUUAAAAAGUCAAGGAAGAAAAAUGUGUACUAUGGCAUUUACUGGAAUCGCGGCAACAUUACUUCCAUAUGGUAAAACAGUUCAUAAAACAUUUAAAUUACCAAUUGCAAUAUAUAGUGAUUCCUCACAGACUAUUAAAGCACAGUCCAAAGAGGCGGAUUAUUUAAGAAGUAUUGAAGUAUUUAUUUGGGACGAAGCGCCGAUGGCUCCAAGACACGUUUUAGAAUUAGUUGAUCGCAAUUUGCGGGAUAUUACAAAUGACAACAGACCUUUUGGAAAUAAAAUAAUGAUACUUGGGGGCGACUUUAAGCAAUUAUUGCCUGUCAAAAUAAAUGCUACUCGUAGUGAAUUAGUUGAUCUUUGCAUUAAAUUCAGUUCCAUUUGGCCUGUAUUUCAUCAAUUUUCUCUGACCGCUAAUAUGCGUACAUUGCCUCACGAAGUUGAAUUUGCUGAAUUUUUAUUGUCAGUUGGAAAUGGAACUGAUAACGAUAAUGAUGACAAUUUACAUUUACCAGAAAGUUGCAUAGCACCACGGAAUACAGACAUUGUAGAGGAUAUCUAUGGGGAAGUAAUUAGGCAAAAACAAUUUGAAAAGUUAUCGAAAAUGGCAAUAUUAUCAGCCAGAAAUGUUGAUGUUGAUGAUAUUAACAAAGCUGUCGUUGAAUUAUUGAAUCCUGAAACUGAAAAAAUUUAUACCAGCGUCAAUAGCACUAAAAACUGUGAUAAUGGCGAAAUGGGCGAGGCUCUUUUACCAGAAUACUUAGAGACACUAAAUCCUCCAUGUUUACCUCCUCAUGAAUUACGAUUACGAGAAAAUUCUGUUAUCAUGUUAAUUAGAAAUCUGUCUAUUAAUGAAGGUUUAUGUAAUGGGACAAGAUUACAAGUGUUAGAAUUAGGAAAUCAUUUACUGAAGUGCAAAAUAUUAACUGGCGAUAAAAUGGGACAAAUAGUGUUUAUUAAUAGAAUAACUUUGUACAGUGACGAUCGUUAUCCUUUUCAGUUUAGUCGAAGACAAUUCCCAAUAAAAUUAGCUUUUGCAAUGACAAUUAACAAAUCACAAGGGCAAACGUUUGAUAAGAUUGGAAUAGAUUUGAGGCGAGAUGUUUUCAAUCAUGGACAACUUUAUGUUGCUAUGUCGCGUGUACGAUCUUGGGAUUCUUUAAAAAUAUAUUUAGGAAAUCAACGAGAAAGUAAUAUUAAAAUACAACUCAGGAGAGUGCAGACCCAAGAUAGCGUGAAACAGAAAACAUUUAGAAGAAAACGUAAAGCAAAGCAGAAUUUCACGAGUACAAGAGAAAGCCAUAAUAGAAGUAACAAAGAAACACGCAAAAAAGCUUUAGAGUGCGAUUCCAUGUGA